AUGUGUGGCAGCAGCGAUGACAACCGGUCGGUCGAAGAGGAAUGGCCCUUCCACAAAAGCAGGCGGUCUCAGCACCGAUACCAGAUACUGGCGGCGGAGGCUAUGGAGGGGUUGGGGGAGCGGCUGGAGGAGUUACACCCGGAUCGGUUCCGGUUCCACAAGACGAGCUGGGGCAAGUUCCCCGACGGGACGGACAACAUCGAGAUCGGCGGCUUCACUCCGUACAACGUCAUCUCCGGCGAGCACGUCCUCUUCCUGGCUUCCUUCCACAACAAUGACGUCACCCUCAGCCAGUUUCAGGUGAUGAUCUGUCUGCUUCAGUACUUCGUGGAGUCGCUGACAGUCGUGCUGCCCUACUACCCCACCGGCACCAUGGAGAGAGUCGUCAAAGAGGGGCAGGUGGCCACGGCGAACACGUACGCGCAGAUGUUCAGCAACCUGCCUUCUUGCGGCAAGCCUACGCGUUUGCUCGUGUACGAUCUGCACACCUUGCAGAACCGGUUUUACCUCCACGGAAACGCUAUUGCGUCUCUGCAGACGAGCAUCCCUAUUCUCAUCAACGAGCUCAAGAAAGGCGAUAUCGACUGCAUCGCCUUCCCAGACGACGGGGCCGCGAAACGCUUCGCCCACAUGUUCGCUGGCCUGGGGUUCCACACCGUCAUAUGCGGGAAGGUGCGGGAUGGUGAGAUUCGCAGUAUUACCAUCCAAGAUGGCGACCCCGCGGGCAAGAACAUAAUCAUCGUAGACGACCUUGUGCAGACCGGAGGAACACUGUACGAGUGUGGGCUGGCGCUAAAAGCUGGCGGCGCUAACUCGGUGCAGGCGUUCGUUGCGCACGGGGUCUUCCCCAAGGAAGCGUGGAAGCGUUUCGCUAAGGGAGGGGAUCGUUGUGUGUUCGACAAGUUUCUCGUGACCAACUCCAUCCCAACGACGACGGACAAGCUGCCCAAAGAUGAUGUGUACGUGGUGCUCGACCUGGUCAACCGGAUAAAGGAAGACCUGGAUCUGCAUAGCUCAGUUUAG